GGGACCAUGCAUGCCGUGUUGGCGCUGUGUCAUUUUUGUGAAAAUCACGGACCACGUGUGCUGGUGACGACGCAAUCGAUGCCUGAAAAUCUCCGACAAAGCUACAGCAUACCGACAGACAGCGCUGCUUCCACCGAAUUCGUCCUGCCAAGUUCGUGUUUCUUUGUAGAUUAUUUUAGGCGUAAAACGAUCGCUAAUGGAUGGGCUUAUGGACAGCACAGCAUCUUUUCGCGGCAUUUUUCGCUGUUAAUUAGAGUAGCGGUGAAUGAUCGAGUGUAUGAGCUGGUGAAACACGCAUGUCUUCAUUCGUUGAGUUGCGAAGUGUCCAUGGUGAGCGGCAGCAACUCAUCAAAACCAAGCCCAUCGAGGUCAGCUAGCGCAAGUAGUUCUAUGGAAGAUGCGGUAAAAUGGGAGGAACCAUGGGUGGAAGCCGAUGACGGUGUGAUUUUGUUCGGAGAUGAUGAGCAUGGAUACACGUUGUCGAGUACAUUUAGGUUUGUUUUGAAGUGUGAUUUUUUGUUAAAAUUCGGCAGCUAG